CGCAGGUCUGGUCCCGAAAUCGCAACUGCGCAGACUCAAGUCCCAAGAUGUCAGCGCCAUAUCGGGACACUGGCGGCUUCAGUUCUCACCAAUGGAAAAGAGCGAAGGGGCGUCGCCCAUCUUUUUUUACAGUCUAUGAUACUGAUACUCAAGUGUCUUGCUCUACAAGACGCAAGUGUUGUCAUUCAUUGAGCAAACUGCAUUGAAAUCAUUUUCCCACAAAACAAUGUCAACAACUCUUGUCUGGACUUGACUUGGGACUCGGGAGACACAUUAAAUAGGUUUGUAUUUAGGUCUUGAUGCGUGUACUGCCAUAGUGGAAUUGCAACAUGUCAACAGAAAUUGUGCAACGCUGAUCAGCCUGUACAUGUCCCAGUGAGGGAGUGCUUUCGUUCUCAAGCACCACGGCUCACGCUGGAAGAGCUUUAGCAAAGCCGACAGCGAACAGGAAAUCUGCCGAGUGACACAAUGACAUGGAGAUUAGUGUCAUCAGCCCUCCAGCGAGACUUCAACGCAACUCCAAUGAACGGACAGAAAAGGAUGUUCUCAAAUGUGACAACUUUCCCAGUUGCGUGCUGAAGAAUCAGAGGGCGAGACGGCUCAGGUGAGCACUUCCUCCAUAUAAAAGAGUGCAGCUCACAGAACAAUCGCCAACACACUGUUGCCAGGUGUGACUUCAAAGAAGACCGAACAAACUCGUUGAGAGGACCAACUGUACCUGUAGAGCUUUAUCAAGACCUCACCUUACUGACACAACACUCACCUGUCAAAUCAAACUCUACUUUAACUUGGACUUUAACACUCGGGAUCCAAGGAGGACUCUGUACUUUUCAACUAGAAGUUCCUCCGCUUGCAAAGCAAGUAAAAAGACAAAGGCUUCUCCCAGUAAAGAGUCCUUGAAUUACGGUCACACAUCUAACGUUAGCUGGUUUCAGCCCUACCUUCAGCCCUACAUUGAGACGUGGGCGUGAGAAGUACCUGACAGUACCUGCACACCUUAACAGAAUCAAGACUUCAAGACAAGUCACUUAUGUUCUGAAACAUCAAGAUGCCACUGAGGACGUCAUUACGCAAUUCAAAAUCUGGAAAGUGGAUGAGGAGAGCAUCAAACCGAAAGGAGCUCAACAUGAUCAGUCUUCCUCUUGGGGACUUCCGCCAUCUUUCCCACAUCGGAUCGAAGGGAAACUCGGACAGCUUUGGCGAUCUCUCCUUCUUGAAGGCGGGUCACAGUCUUCUCCUUCAGAGUUCUCAAAGCGAGCAGAACCUCUUCCUCGCCUGCGCGCCCCCGCCGAAGCCUCCGCGCGUAAACCUGGACGAGGAAGAAUCGGGCCGAUACAGUCCGGUCUGGGAACACAAACCGGCCAAUGAGAGGCAGAAAUGCUCCUCGCUUCCCCUCUUGGAAACCGACGAAUGUGACGAGGAGGAAGAGCGUUUGCGUCUUGAGCCGACCAGCAUCAGCAGGAGUCCUCUACGCGGCAGUCUGAGCUCCGGCCGAGCUUCAACACAAACAACCUCGGAGGAAACGCCACCAGAUGAGACGGACGCGGCGUUCACGUUCAGUUUGGAUCUGGGACCAUCGAUACUGGACGCUGUCCUGCAAGUGAUGGACAAACGCUACCAGUAGACAACCGACACCAAGCAGCGCCACGAACUGUUAAAGGAAUAAUUCUGCAAUUAUUUUCUCACCCUCAUGCCGCUCCAAACCGUAUGUUGUAACUGUUUCUGUGAAGCACAAAUGGAGAGUUGUGUGCUAUAUUCCAAGUCUUCUGAAGCUAUCUGAUGGAUUUGUGUGAAGAACAGACUGAAUUUUUAUAAAAUAAAUAUUCACUGAUAAUCCCCUCAAGCGAGCGAUUAACUCUGCAAAGAGAUCACUGAGUCACUGAGUUGAACUCGAGAACCGGAUCGUUAUUGAAUGAUUCUUUUGAGUUGGUUCUUUUUGAUAAACAUUAAUGAAUGAUUCUUUUGAGCCGGUUCUUUUUAAUAAACGUUAAUGAAUGAUUCUUUUGAGCCGGUUCUUUUUAAUAAACGUUAAUGAAUGAUUCUUUUGAGCCGGUUCUUUUUAAUAAACGUUAAUGAAUGAUUCUUUUGAGCCGGUUCUUUUAAUAAACGCUAAUGAAUGAUUCUUUUGAGCCGGUUCUUUUUAA